UAUUUAGUUUCUUCGACUAACAAGAAUUACUAAUCCAAAAUGAUGCUAAAAGUGAGACCUUUUCUUUUUUGUUUGCUAUUGCUUGCGGUUGCAUCCUUAGCUUUGGGUACAAAAGACCCAGAACUAAAACGAUGCAAGCACCAGUGCAGAGCCCUACAGCAAAUCGGGGAGCAUCAAAGGAAAGAAUGUUACGAAAUGUGCGAGAAAUACCACAGUGAGAAACAAUCGAAAGAAGAAGACACUUCAACUUUUCUCCCCUAUAGAGGCAGAGAGGAAACAGGGGAAGAAGAGCAAUAUGGGGAACAAGAGAGGGAAAAUCCUUAUGUCUUUGAGGACAAGCACUUUAUUACUGGAAUCAAAACCCAACAUGGCAGAAUUCGUGUUCUUCCCAAGUUCACAGAGAGGUCUAAGCUACUUAAGGGUAUCGAGAAUUACCGAGUUGCAAUUCUUGAGGCCAAUCCACAGACCUUCAUUCUGCCUAACCAUUGGGACGCUGAUGCUGUCCUCUUUGUUGCUCAAGGGAGGGGAACACUGAACUUGGUGCGUAGGGGUAAGAGGAACAGCUUCAAUAUUCGGCCUGGAGAUGUAAUCAGAGUACAUGCUGGGACUACUGCUUACUUGAUCAACAGGGACAAUAAUGAAAAACUUGUCAUAGCCAAGCUUCUCAAUCCUGUUUCCACCCCUGGCCAAUUUGAGCACUUUUUUGGAUCAGGAGGGCGAGAAAACCCAGAAUCCUUUUACAACACCUUCAGCUCUGAAAUACUUGAAGCUGCACUCAACGUUAGAAGGGAUCGAUUGCAGAGACUCUUGGGGCAGCAGAGGGAAGGAGUCAUUAUAAGAGCUUCAGAAGAGCAAAUCAGGGCAAUGAGCCAGCACGAAGAAGGCGGAAUUUGGCCUUUUGGUGGAGAAUCAAAGGGUUCGGUCAACAUUUAUAGGCAACGGCCCUCCCAAUCGAACCAAUACGGACAGCUUUAUGAAGUAGAUGGUAGCCACUAUAGACAGCUAGAAGACCUCGAUAUUUCCGUCUCUUUCGCCAACAUCACUCAGGGUGGGAUGUUCGGCCCAGUUUACAGCUCAAGGGCAACGAAGAUAGCAGUGGUGGUUGAUGGUGAAGGUUACUUCGAGAUGGCGUGCCCGCACUUGUCUUCUGAGUCGGGUAGCAGAGGACGACAAAGCAGAGGAAGCGAAAGGGAAACGAGAAUUGGUUCAGGGUAUCAGAAGGUGCGGGCAAGGUUAAGGCGUGGAAUGGUGGUGAUUAUCCCUGCAGGCCAUCCAGUUGUGAACGUAGCUUCAAACAACCAGAAUUUGCAAGUUGUUUGCUUCAAUAUCAAUGCCCGCAACAAUGAAAUUGUCCCUCUUGCAGGGAGGAACAAUGUAAUGAGUCAACUGGAGAGGGAAGCAAUGGAGUUGGGUUUCGGGGUACCGGCAAGAGAAGUGGAGGAAAUAUUCAGGAGCCAACAGGAGGAGUUCUUCUUCCAGGGGCCUGGUGGUCGACAGCAACAUCAGGAAGGUGGCCGAGCCGAUGCAUGAGCGGCGGGCUGUGGUUGAUGCGCCUUGAAUGUGGGUUCAUGGUGGCUAAACGAGAUCAAGACAACUGUGUUGUGGUUUUUGCACUAGUAAUGUUGCUACUACUGCCUAUCCUGUAAAUUUGGUGAAUAAAAAGGAUGAUUAUAAAUAUAAAAAGCAGUAGUGGCCUUGUGGGGGUGGCGCUAAGAGAGACUUUAUGUCAUGUCGUAGUUAUAAUAUGUGUAGUGAUGAUGAUCAGAGGAAAUGUAAAAUUAUGAAGACGAAGCUCUAACAUGAAUAAAUUAGCUUUGGCGGUUCUAAUGCUUGUGACA